AAGACCGGCUCCUGUUAAGCCAUCGGAAAGCGAGAGCAGAGGUGAAGGGGGUUGAUAAUAGAGUGGUUGGCAGCAGGAGACUCAGAAGGAGACAAACUGUGAUAUGAGGCUGUCAACACAACAGAACAGAGCAGAACAGAGCAGGGAGAAGUCAUGAUAUCCUGAAGGAUUAGACCGAUUCAGGAACCCAGUCCCAAAUGUGCUAAAAUUUUAAUCAGCUGUGGGCCGUGAGCACAGGAGUGGACAUGAAUCGCUGGAAGCGGUCAGUGGGAGAGAUCCAGGCCAGGAGGAGACAGGUGAGCGAGUGUGAGCAGGCCCAGGCCGCCCUCAGCAAGGUCACCGCCUGCUUCCAGCAAAUAGCCACCUGCAUAGGGAGCAACACGGAUGGGAGCAGCCUGAGAGAGGAGCUGGAGGACACCAGGGCACUGGCCUAUAGGAUAUGCACAGGGAUGCACCGGAGGCUGCUGGGCCUGCUGGCGGAGACUGAGCAGGUGCAGGAGGACCGUGAGCAGGUGGAGCGAAUGUGGGUACUCUUUCUCUGCGCCCUUGAGAAUUUCCAGCAGAACCUUCGGAAGGUCAGUGUCCUGCAGGAGAGCUUCCCCCUUGGCCAGCGCAGAGACCGCCGGGCCCUGGUCAACUCCGGGGCUACAGGCGGGGGCUCUGAAGUGGCCGGCCGGGCUGCCACGGUGCAGAUGCCCUGGGUAACAGCAGAGGGUGAGCAGAAGCCAGACCUCAAGAUUCACAUACAGGAGAUCGAUGACCUCCUUCAGGAGAUGCUUCAGAGAGUGAACAUACCAUUGUGGUCAGUGGAGUCCACCCAGGACGCCUGGGCCGAGGUCUGCAAGGAGUUACAGGAGGAAGACACUCUGGACGACCUCAUGGAGGUGGAAGUGGUGUCUCAGGAUGGGAAAGCUUCCGGCUGCUGUAGUCAUUCCAACUGCAGACUGGGCUGCAUAUUCUGUCUGCUCAACUAAAAGCGUUACUGCUGAUGGGGUUUUAAAGAGCAUAGUUGUGAAAGUAAGAAAAUGAGAUUAGAUUGUAAAGUCUGAUGGCAUGUAUUGAUGUUAUUUGGGUUUAGCUGCUUAUCAGAUGUUGGGAACUCAAGAACAAGGCCUAUUUCCUGUUGCUACUAAGAGCCCUUAUUUAUUCAUAAAACAGUUAAAAUACUGCCCUCUAGCUACCACUAAGAACUUUUAUUUUCACAAGACAGCCCAGAAUCAUUCUUGGGUGAUAAAUUUACUUUAAACUCAAUUUACAUCAUUAACAAAUUAAUUGCUCAACAUAUAUAGAUUGUAUUUUCAUUUACAGAAAUAAGAAUCAAAACUAUCUAUUAUCUAUAGAUAGAUAAUCUGCACAUAUCUAUUUUUAUCUAAUAAUCUAUUAUGGCAUGCAGCUUUAACAUAAACACAAUAUCUCUGUAUUGCAGUUUUUCUUCCCCAAGCAGAAAAGUCUUGAAGGAUUAUAUAUUUUUGAAUUCUACCAAAAUUUAAUUAUGAAAUGGUCAUAUUACACUAAGAAUAACUUCAGAGUUUGAGGCGUCGCAAGUGGCCCAGAUUUAAAAGUGAUGUUAAAAGUUGUACAUCUAUCUGCAGCUGCAUGACUUUAAAACACCACUUUUCUGUUAAGACAAAGCCCUGCUUUUUUCUUAAUCUAUCUUUCCCACCAAGAUGAACUUGGGUUUGUAAACCUGUGUUUAUGUACCACAAAUAGUCAAUAUUUAUUCAUGCAUGGCCAUAUCCCAAAAUUGUUUAACAAUAGUACAAGCUUUGCCUUUAGUAUCUUUAUAUAUAAAUGAAUAGUCCUGAUUUUUAUGCAGAUAAAUAUAUCCUUUUAAAUUCUGACACUUUGGCUAAAGUAGCUGAAUAAUAAAUGCUGCCUUCAAGCUCAUUUAUAAUUUUUUAUUUACUACUAACUAUAGCGCUCAAAAGUAUAAAAGGGAUUUCUGUUCAAAUGGUUUUAGUUAGAAACACGAACACCCUGGGAACAGUAUGUAACAUUACUUCAAACUAGAAUAUAUUUAUUAAGCAAGAAUUAAAAGAAGCAUAUACCUUUUCAACCUCAUCACCAUGUGUGGACUACCAUUAAACCACCUAAAAAUGUGACCUGACUUGAAAGCAGCAUUUAAUAUGUGUAUGUCUGUUUUUUUUUUUACUUUUUUAAAAGCUUUACAUAAAUAAAUAGUCCUUUUGCUUGUGUUUUAUUAGAAUGGCACUCAAAUAAACACAGUCCAACUACUGAACAGCAUUUUAUUCAGACAAGUUAAAUUGAACAUACAAAUACUGUACAUUAAACAGACAGGGUUUAAUUUACAUAUUUAUGACCCAAGAAAAAUUGAGGUCACACACAUAAAAGAAGAGAAACAGGCUUGUGCGGUGUCAGAGGUCAGUUCUUAUAGGUUGCGUGCAAAUGGGCUUUGAAGGCUAGAAAAUAAGGGGGGAAAAGAUUCAAUUAUGAGCUUGCAAAUAUAAUAAACACUCAUUAUACAUAUUCACCAAGAAUGAACCACAGACUUACCUUCCUGGUUUUCCCAUAACUCAGCAGCAGCAGAAUUCAUAGGGCUAUCGUUAUUGGGUUCUGCAACAUUAAAAGUUCAUUAUAGGAUUGUAAGGAUUUUACUGACCAACAAAACCAGUUGUCCAAGAUUAAGACAUCUAGAGCAAGUAUGAGAUCUCUCUUACCUCCGAGUAAACUCUGUAUAGACAGUAGAAUGGAUCGAACAUCAUAGAGAGCCGACCACUUAUCUUUCAAAAUGUCUAAGCAGAUGAACCCAUUCUCAUCAACGUUUGGAUGAAAGCAUGCCGUGAUGAAUUUCACGCGUGGGGCGCUGUAGGGGUAUCCACUGGGAAACUCCAGUGAGAGCUUAUACCUCAAGCCUUCAUAAACCUUUAGAUGAAAGAAAUAAAGAAAGAAAAGACUUGGCUAACACCAUUGUCUGCAAAGGUAUGAAAACUAUGAACUGACUGUUGGCAAUUAGGCCACAACAAACCAGUAAAUUAAAUGCAGGAUGGAUGGUUGAUCCUCAGGUUUCCGUCAUCAAGGUUUACAUUAACUUUUACUAGGAAUUUUCUAAAUGCUUAAACUGUAGGUGUUGCUAUUAGGCGUGGAUGUAUAAGGACUUAAUUCAUUUAUAAGUUGUCUGACCAGCGGAGGAUGGGUCCCCCCUCCUUAUAUGUUAGCCAUGAUAGUACAUGUGAUAUGGUAUAUAUGGUAAUAAGGUAUAUGGUGAGCCUUGCUUCCUUCUCUAGUUCUGAGAGAUUUUCAUUUUCUUUCAUUGUUCACAGAGAGUUCUUUGUUGUAUGUUUAAUGUUUUGUCUAAUUAUCUGUCUUGCUACUAUAUUUCUGUAAGUUGCUCUGCAUUAUCAUCAAUUAUAAAAAGAGCUAUAUAAAUAAAUCUGAUUUAAGAUAGGA